UUCACAGCUGCGCGUUUGACGCGUGCACUUUGUACACACUCGAGCCCGAGCAUCCGUGUCGGUGCGGUCAGUGUUCGGCCUUUCUGGGGAACGCCACGUCUGACGCGCUUAUUUACGAUGAACGCGUGGAUGCAGUACUUCAAGUCCGUUCCGACGCAUAUGGAUUAUGAUGGCCAAGCCAGAGCGGAGAAGUUAUCGAGAAUCAUAAUAACGUUGUUUGGUGCGGUUGGCUUGAUCUGGGGAUAUGUUAUUCAACAAUUCUCACAGACGAUAUACAUAUUGGGCGCUGGAUUUCUCAUGGCAGCAUUGAUCACCGUACCACCAUGGCCAAUGUACCGCCGCAAGCCACUGGAGUGGCAAAAAUCGCACUCUGAAGUUACCACCAAGCUCAGAAAGAAAAAGUAAUUACGGAACAUGUUCUCGAUAUCUGAAACAAAGUCUAAUAUAAUAAACUGUACAAUCUCGUUCUACGAUGUGAAUCUGAUUGUUGAAAAUGGAAAUAUCCAUGCAUAUGUUUCAGAAUGCGUUUUUUUACGCGUUUGUGAGAGACAAAUACUUUUAAUAUGCGAACACAGUUGCUUAGCAGGACAAUUAUGAAUGAAAGAUUUAAUAUGUCUUACAAAAUAUCUUCAAAUCUGUUGACUGUAUAGACGCAAAUUGCAGAUUAGAUAGUACAUUUAUAUUUAUUAUAAUUUAUGUAUAUUAAGAAAUUAGCAACAUUCAUAUAAAUACAAAUAAUGAUCUUUAAAGUUCCAAAAGUUUGCUGACGAAAAAAUUUUAAAAAAUAUAAUUAACUUUAAAAAUAUAUAAUUUACUUAACCAUAAAAAAGUUUUCUUUAGAUACAUUAUACGCAAUAACAACUUU